UUGACGUCAACGGAGUCAGUGUUAGGGGCCCCUAAGCAGGGUCUGGAAAAGGGGGAUGGGAUGUGGGUGUGAAUGGACGCAGCCCCCCCAAAGAAAUUGAGGUGAAACAGAAAUACCUACUAAUGAUGCCCCAAUGCAAAACCUGAGAAGAAAGAGGGGGGAAAAGGACAAGCAUAUAUUUGUCUAAAAUCGGAGGAAAAAAGGAAAAAAAAAACUACGAAAAAUUGAGACAGAAACACAUACGUUGAGGUCUAACCACGAAUGAUAAAGGUAGAAGAAAGGACUUUUCUGCCUGCAACACCCAAGCACUAAGCUAAUUUCCUUAAUAAACAAGAAGCUAUUGGAAAGCAACAAGGGAAAGACAAAAGCAGACCAAAAAAAAAAAAAAAAAAAGGGGGGGGGGGAAGAGACUUCAAGUCACAGGACAAUACAAAUGGCUGGAAGAAUCAUGACCUGACUCUGCAUAGCGAAAUGCCAACCUGAGAUAGCGGGUGAAGGCGGCUUAUGGCAGUGCGCUGAAUCGCAUGCUGUCAUCCAUUGCGUGAAUCCACUGCGUAGAAUAGCAAGAAAUUGCGAGGGAGUGAGCAGGUAGACUACCAAGCCUGCCUCUGAGAGAAGAAAUUCCUGUUACCGGAAAAAAUAACGGGGGUAUCGCUGCCAUAAAGGACCAGAUCGUAAUAGAGUCAAUGAAAUAAACUCGUUGCUGAAGUUUGUAGAAACGAAAUGGCUGAAGGCUCAAGCAGAUGAGAUCCAGCUGUUCCCUCUCAAGGCUGACCCUGAAGAGAUUUGCAGAGAUGUAAAACGAUGCUACCAGGUCCUGUGUAUCAAACUCAUGUCAUCAGACUUGGUAGCAAGUGUCUUGACCCGCAAAGCCAUCUUGCCAUCUCAUGACCCUGCUUUCGUACGUGGAUUCUGGGACCCAAACUGCAGCCUUCGUGCGUACAUAAGGAGAGCUUCAGUUGGAUCUUCAGCAGGUGACGGCACCUGGUCCAGGGGCUCUUUUGUCUUGCACUGUGGACAUUCAACUCUGGAGAAUUCUUUGCUUUUUAACAACCUGCAGCAGGACCCUGAGCAGCCCUCCACAGCUGUGACAUGCCUGCGUAGACAUCUGGAUGUGGGUCUGAGUCUGGAAGCUGUAAUCAGAAAAGCCAGCACCAGAGCAACAGCCCUACUCAAUAACCUCCUAUCUUCUUAACUGCCUCAUUUGCGUGAGAGACUAGAACUUGACCUGACCAGAACAUCCAUUGGCUCCACUCUUCAUCGGGAGAAGAGCAGCGGCACCAGUGAGGAGACGUGCCGUACGUUGCUACCGCCCUUUACUUAAGAUUAUACAUAUUUUAUCUGUAAAGAAAGAAUGGCUCACCUAAAGAUGCAUGGUUUUGUCCAAAUCCGAAGCAAGGACAGGAGCAAGCACACCAGAGCGUCUCAGUGGAAAGCAGCAGACAUCCAAAUAGUAGAAAGAAAACAGAAAGUUAAUCUGGUGGUUUCUUUCAAGUUGGAAGAAAGGAGAAGGGUUUUUCAGCUGGAUGACAAUGUUGCCAGUGUCGUGGUUGGAGGUUGUGAGCUGGGACUGCAUCAUCUGCAUUUAACGUUGAGAGAUGACACUUCCUUACUCAUUGACAAGUUAUCCUCCACAGACUUCAAACAUUUGAAGUCAUUCCUGGAUUUGUUUAGUCCAUGUGAAUCUCAACAACCUCUGGAACCCAAGAGUAAUCAUGAUGUUCCUGAAAACAGUGUUCCAUUCUGUGGGGAGCACCGCAAGCCAGUUUGUGGACCUCUGAAUACCACAACAGGAAGUGGGAUACCAUUCUCCAGGAAGAUGCCAAUUUCUGUGUCAAACUCCACCAGCUGUCAUGUUGGAAAAAAGAGAGAAGGAAAACGAGGUGAAAAGAGGAAGACAGCAACAUCAUCCAGUAUAGAAACGAAUGAGGACAUUCUCAAAGAAAGUAAUCUUGAACCAAAAAAGAAAUCCAAGAAUGUAAGAAGCAAAGCAGAGAAAUUGAUGGCUAUAAGAGAUCAGGAAAAGUAUAACAGUUGGACACUUGAACCUUUUUUAUUCAGUCCCAACUCCUACGGAAAGCCUAACCUAGGUGACACCAUUCUUCCAAACUCAAAAUUUUUUGAUGAAAGAAAUGGACCAAAGCAACUAAAACGUGAAGGCUUCCCCAAUUUGGGAAAUACCUGUUACAUGAACUCCAUUUUACAAUCUGUCUUUGGGAUCCCAACCUUUGCAAAGGACUUACUCACACAAGGUAUCCCAUUUGACAGUGUUUCCGGUGAUGAUCUUAUCAAGCCCUUAACUCAGCUUCUUGUGGUGAAAGACAUUCAAGAUGUAGACAUCAAGGGAGCAUUCCUCAUGAAUGUGAUGAGAAGCAUUUCCAUGGUUACAGACACAUUCUCAUACAAUGAACAGAAUGAUGCCCAUGAAUUCUUAAGUGUGUGUUUAGACCUGUUAAAACUGAGCAUGGAAAAACUAAAUGCCAUGUGGAAUUCUGAGAGAGAGAACAAAGGUGAGAAAUCAUCUCCACUAAUGUACACUGGGACUGCUGCUUUCAAAAGGUUUGUUUGUCCCGUUCGUGCUAAUUUUGAAAUUGAGCUGCAAAAAUCCAUUAUUUGUGAAGGUUGUGGUGAGGCUACUCUCAAAACCGAAGUGAGUAAUUACCUCUCCAUUGACCUGCACCAAGGGACAAAAGAAAGCCCUCUAUCAAUUCAAAGGUCUUUUGAUCUGUUCUUUAAACCAGAGAAGAUUGAGCAUAAUUGUGAGAAAUGCAAGAACAAGAAUUCUGUUCUCAGGUACACAUUGAGGAGACUCCCCAAGGUCCUCAUAGUUCAUUUGAAACGCUACCAAGUUACCACUGACAAGUUGCUGGUGAAGAGUCAGCAGCCAGUUGAGAUUUCUAAGUAUUUAAAUAUAUCUUCCCAUUGCCAUAGAAACAGGAAGCCACCAUUCCCCUUGGACAAUACAUCCCCUAAUGGUGACUAUGAUAUCUCAAAUGUUUCUCAAGGGGUGAUGCCUAAGAUCCUCAACCAGUCAAUGCCAUCUAGAAAGGUGACUUCAGAAUCCAGUGAUCCCACAAUUCUUCAGGUUGGGUCUGAUGAGGAUGCUGAAAUACAAAACUUCCUGAGAAUGUACAAGGAUGCAGGUGGGGAACAGCAGCAGAGAGACUUGGAAAGUGGUUCUAAGCUGGAGCCAGAACUAGUGAUGACAGAAUACAGGAUGCUCAGUGAAAAGACCUUGCUAGUAGCUGACUCAGUGGGUGAAGGAAAAGGCUUCCUCUCUAUGAUCUGUGAGCCUGUCAGCAUACAAGACCUAGGUCUUACAGAGGUACCUGAGGAUGCAAAUUUUAAGGACUAUGAGAAAGUUAAUGUACAUGAAAAGUCAGAUUGUCACACUACCACUGAGUUGUCAAAAUAUUUUUGUGAUCUUAAAGAAUGGAAGAUUCUAGAAGGAUCUCAAGAAAUGGUAGAACAGCUCUACCAGAAUCAUGGGAAUGGAAUGAGCAAUGAAUUGCUUCUGCAGGCAUCAUAUCCAAGUGUUAGUACUCAGAAAGGCACAGGGAAGGGUGUGAGUGGGUCUUCAGAAUUGAGAGCUCAGGUAGAUGACCCACAUUCCCUUGGUGUGUUUGGUCCUGAUAACAAUCCUAAAAAUAACAGUGUUACAGAAAGCAACAACAUAGUAAAUGCCACUGAGGAAUCAAAUGUGGAGAUGGAAGAUGAUCCUCAGAAUUACAGGCUUGUCAGUGUUGUCAGCCAUUUUGGGAGCUCCCCAAAUUCAGGCCAUUAUGUAAGUGAUGUGUAUGAUUUUCAAAAGCAAGCAUGGCUCCUGUACAGUGAUAUCGAAGUGUUUGAGAUUCCAGAUUCCUUUAUUCAGGAGGGCAGGCGUCACACUGGCUACAUUUUUUUUUACAUGCAUAAUGAAGUUUUUGAGGAACUGUUGAAAAAGGCAUUAGAGUGCAAGUUUACUAGUACAUCUAAAGGGGAAACCAAGGAAAUAGAUCUCUCGACAUUGUUUUUCGGCUUAACAGACAUCAUAUGAUCACAAUGAAAGAUCAUAUCGCUGAAGAUGAAAACUCAGUAAAACAAAAACAAAAACAAUACAUGUUAGGACAGAAACCCAGACUUUCCAAAAAGGUUAAAUGUGGUUUUUCUAAUAUUGUUUUAAUUUGUUCUUCAUUUGUUAAAAACCUAAUCUAACAGGAGAAAUGUAGAGGCGGCUCAGUAGCUAAGAGUGCAUACUGCUCUUAUAGAAGACCCAAGCUUGAUUUCCCAGUACCAGUGUUGGGUGCGAGUGUAUGUGUUCUUGGAGGCAGGAGGCAUAGGAUACCCUAGAGCAGUAGUUUCCACUUUUAAACACUAAGCCAUCUCUUGGCCUUCAUUUUAAUUCUAGUAUAUGUGCUAUCCACAUGGGCGAAACACAAUGGUUCCUAAAUGUCAUUCUGAACCAGCACAACACAGCAAGCAACUAAUCAUAAACCCAAAUGUUGUGGUCCAUUCUCAUAACAGGUUCAGAAACAACCCUGAUGGACUUAAAAAGUUUGAGAGACAAAUUUGGAAUGUCUUAUUUUGUUAGUGGAUGUAUAAAUUGUUCAUGUCCUCCAGAGGAUUUUCAUUGUGUUUUCCCUAAGUUACUGUUCUUUUAUCAAUUUAUUAA